UGGCGCGUGCGUAAAAUAAGCCGUACCUCAAGAUGGCGGCUGCCAGGGGACCCAUGUUGCUGAGGAAUAUAAUGGGUCAUAUGUUGGUCCGAGCGGUAGUUAGGAGGUCGUUCUGGGUGCAGAACACACCCAGCACUUUCCUCCUGAGGCCUAAGCAGUUGCCUUUCCGGAUUUGCAGCACGGAGGCUGGCCAGGCUGGAUCUGCAGAACCGGCUGCGUGUGAGACAGAAUCACGGUUUAAAGAGAAGCCAUGGGAGUACUUGACGUCGGAAGAAUACAUAGAAAGGUAUGGCGACAAUCCUGUCUGGUUUGGCUACAGGCGCAAUCACAAAGGCCAGGUUGCUCCCCAGAAGACCCGGAAGACUUGCAUUAGAGGAAAGACCGUGUGUGGGAAUCCCUGCCCCAUCUGCAGAGACCAAAACCUCUUCCUGGAUUACCGGAAUGUGAAGCUCCUAGAACAGUUCAUUUGCCCCCACUCUGGAAUCACCUAUCACCCAACCCAAACAGGGAUCUGUAUGAAGAAGUAUAAACAGUUGACCAACGCCAUUCAGCAGGCUCAGGACAAUGGCUUCCUGUUUUUCCAUAUCCCCUUCAUCAGUUUCCAUGGUCAAGAUUACAGUAACCAGCACCCUGCUGUUACCACAACCCCUCCAUCCCCAGCUUUGCUCAACAAAGCUGCUUGGUACGACUGGUAUGACUGGCAGCAGCCCCCUGAGAAGAAGAUUGCGCUGAUGAGGAGGAUUUACAAGAACUACUUGAGGGAGGAGAGCGGCCCUCCCUGAGGCUGUCAGGUGGCACUGGAGAGGACGGAACAUUCCUUGGUAAUGGUGGGAGGUCCUCAUAGGCCCUCUGAAGAGGGGAAGGCCUACUUUGAUUUUGGGUGCUUUUUUAAAAAACAAAAAUCCACCUGGUGCUUGCAUUAUCAAUAAAGUCUG